AUGGAGUCCAAUCUAUCCCCCCCAAAUGCUGAUUCGUCUUCAACAAUUGUAUGUACAGACGAAUUGCGUCGGGAGCUGGGAAGAACAACAAGAGCCAAGAAGCGCCAGAAAAAGGUUAUCCUCAAUUCUUACUCACGUCCAAAAUCGAGCGUCAAGCAGCGAAUGCAUACCCAGUACCAAUAUCGUGGAGACGGCUCUAUCUCAUAUACCCUGCAGUAUGUUCAACCUCCCAAAAACGCACAGCCGACCAUGCACUGUCAACCGCCCAAGCCUAUCCAGCCUGCGCUAGCCAUGGUGCUAGAUGAUUUUGGUGAAUUUUCGGCUGAUAUGUCAUGCGGCGCUGACAAUGAUGCUCACUCUGAGAGGAAACGGGAUCGUUCACUGUUCCUCCAGGAGAUGCUACGACUCGAAGGCCAAGGAGAACUUAGUGCAGGGCCGUGUUCUGGUUGUGGUAACCCACAUCCGGAAUAUCGUUGUCAAGAUUGCUUUGGGAUCACUCUGUGUUGUGCUUCCUGCACGGUGACGGCCCACAUGCACCACCCGCUGCAUCGGCUGCAGAAAUGGAACGGAGAAUAUUUUGAGCCAGUGAGCCUGAAGAGCCUCGGUCUCCGGAUCCAGCUUGGACACGUGGCCGGUCAGACUUGUUCCAAUCCUCGCCGCGCAUUCGGUGAUGACUUUGUCAUCAUGGAUUCUCAUGGCGUUCACGAAGUAGCUUUGGAUUUUUGCGAUUGCUCCCUGGCCACAACCCACAUACAACAGCUCCUUCGCAAGUCGUUAUUUCCGUCAACAACAAUUGACCCCAAGACUGCGGCAAUGUUUCGCCUUCUCGAAGAAUUUCAUCUCUUGUCGUUUGAAUCGAAGGUGUCGGCGUACGAGUUUUAUAACGCGCUGAUGCGGAGGUCUGACAAUUCGGGGCUGAGUCCCAUCAAAGAUCGAUACGACGAAUUCAGGCGCAUGAUUCGCGAAUGGCAACAUCUCAAGAUGCUCAAACAGUCUGGGCAACCUUACGAUCCCAAUGGGAUUGAUUCGACUCCCGAGGGUGGAUGCGUUAUUCUCUGUCCGGCCUGUCCGCAGCCUGGGAAAAACUUACCCGCUGACUGGAGAGAGGCUUCCCCUACUGACCGAAGUAGCUGGCUAUAUGGGCUGUUUGUGGCUAUCGACGCUAAUUUCCGGUUGAAACGCAAAGUUGUUUCAAAGGAUAGUGUAGACCCCAGCCUGAGUUGUGGCUGGGGGUACUUUGUCGAAGAACAUGCAUACAAGGCUUUCCUAGACGGUAAAUCCAACAUUAGUCAAGAGAAGUCUACAUGUUCAAGUCACAAUGCGGUCAACAGUGCGGAUACUAAGUCCAGUCAUGGGCUUGCAGCUACCGGGCUGGGUACCAUUGAUUGCGCUCGCCACAACAUGAAAUUACCGACCGCAACUCCCGAUUAUAUUGACGUGCCACCAUCUAGAUAUGUAAAUAUGGAUUACCUCUUCUUCUCGACCCUUCGCCACACCACUGUCAAUAUCCUUAACGUCUCGUAUGAUAUAGCAUGCCAGUGGAACAAGAACUUAUGGCACCGUAUGGCCUCAUUCCCCCCCUCGAUGCAACUGGACCACAGCGCUAAGAAAGUCACCUUCUUUGUACCAAAAUUUCAUUUGCCAGCUCACAUCGAAUCAUGUCAAACAAGCUUCUCAUUCAAUUUUGCGCGCGGCGUUGGACGAACGGACGGAGAAGCUCCAGAGCGAGGAUGGGCGAACAUAAAUCCCGUGGCAUCGAGCACGAAGGAGAUGGGCCCAGGCGCGAGACGAGACACUCUCGACGAUUUCUUUGGGGACUGGAAUUGGAAAAAAAUUACCGGUCUACGUCGCACCAUGCUGCGGAAGGUGAAAGAAGCCUUACCCGAACUAUCCGAACACGAAGCAGCGCUGGACGACCUCGAAGAAGGACUGAAGGUGGAAUACGCGGAGGCAUUGAGUAGAUGGAAAGAGCAGGUUGAGGCAUGGGAGCGCGAUCCCUCCCAGCCGAACCCAUAUGAACGGAGUGCAGAAAAGAUCACGCUUGCCUCUGUGCGCCUCGAACUUGCGAAAGAAGACACAUCAGAAAUUGAACUAGGCGGCUUCCACGAAUUGCAUGAAGAUUGUUCGCCCAGCGUGCUGAUUAGCGGCGGCCUAGAGCUAGAAGAGCAGCAGCGACGUCUUCGAGCUGAGAAGGCGGGUCUAGGGAUUCAUGCCACCGACAUUCAAGAAGAGAAGGUCGUUCAACAUAGUAACAGUCUCCAACGUCGGAUCGAGGCCUGGGUCAAAUCCAGUGAUGUCGUCGUCACUCCCGAGUCAUUUCAACUUCUACUUCCUUCGCAAGUUGGCAGAACGGAUCCUUGCGACCUCAAAUUUCAGAAAAUUGAAUGGAGACUUCGAUUCGCACAGGCUCAUGACACUCUACGCUCACUACGUUCUAAUCUACGCACGCAAACCGCUAUCCUGAAAUACAAGGACCGUAAUCUCCGUGGUCAAGGCUCAAACACCCGCGCUCGUAACACGCUCAAAGGUGUUGACGCAAGAAUUGAGGCAGCAUCGACCCGAUACCAGGAUGCGCGCAGAGCGCUAGUGAUUCUUGCUCCCUUCGUCAAGGAGACGGGAUGGCAAUCCUCCCUACGUCCACUUGAUCGUCAAGAUAUCCGAGGGAUGUCGGAUGUCCUGUGGGGCGAGACUGAGGGAAGAAGAAAACUUUCAUGGAUAUGGAAUAUGCGCGGUGCUCAUGGAGACGAGCUGGAUGAUGAUGGAUCUAUGGAAGGUAAGCUUACCAAUUUGUUCAUGCACCCUAUCUCACCGGCACUCUAUCCAGACAUGCGAAUAGAAUGGUGCAAGGCCAGGGCGCGCGCUAUGCGGUGGAAGGAGGAGCUCGAGCUGUUACGAGAGGAGAUGCGGAGAAUUUUGCAGUUCUUUGACUGGGAGGCGAUGUCGUGGGAUGAGCGCGCAGAUCAGAACUGGUCUGGUAGUCCCGCCGAGAGAGAGGGCCGGAUUGCAUAUGCUCGACGUCAAGCAGCCUUACGUCGGGCAAUGCGGGACACGUGUCGUUCCAGUUGGGCGGACACUCGCUCGUUCGUGGACCAGUUCCAUGGGGAAUCCUAGCGCUUGCAUGCAUGAUGUAGUACCCUUCGCAUAGUUAAUGUACCCUUCACGUAGUUUUGCAAUCAAUCAAUACAGGUGUUGACCAAUGUACGGGUGAAGGGCGGGGGA